ACCCUUCAGGGGCAUACUGUUGUUAAUUCUGCCUUGUCAGGGAAUAAACUGGAGUUCAAACAGGUAAAAUAACGUCACAAUGAUGUAGCCAAGGUCACCAACCUGGGAAAAGUGUCACAGCCAAGAUUCUAGCCCAGGCUACGGGAAUCUUUCUCAAAAACAUCGGUACAGUAUCCUUUUCAAGACUGAACAUUUGGGCACCACAGUGUUGUUCACUGAGUCAGAACAAUCUUGAACUAUGUACAGGGCGUGUCCUCCAAUUAUCAAUCAAUCAAUGUCCAAUUUUUUAAAAAAGCUCUCAAGAAAGAAAGGAGCAAGGGCUGGAGACUGAGCUCGGUGGUAGAAUGCUUGCCUAGCAUUGACAGAGCCCUGGGAUCCCCAGAGCCGCCUUCGAAAAAGCGGUAAGGAGGAAGGAGACACCUUCCAGAAAAGCCGGGGACGCAAACUGGCCCAGGAGGAGCAGUCCAGAUAAUCUCACUAGGGCAGAGCAGGUAAUCUGAGGAGUGAUGAGCCAAAGAACAAAGAGAAGAUGGAAAUAAGGGGAGACUGAGGUCUAGGGUGAUUCUGUACAUCGGGGUGAAGUAAGAUGAAGAAGAUGGGGGGACUAGGACAACAGGAAGUGGGGAGAGUGAGGCAGGCCUUGGUGGCUUGAGGGGUGAACUGAGGGUGACGUCUACGUGGCCACUCCUUGGGUCCUUAGGCCCUCGUAGUGACCUUUGCCCCACCACACCUCAGCUCUGACAGACUACGUGCCAGGAAAUUUUGUCUGCACUGAGCUACCAGCUGAGUUCCAACCCUCUGGAGUGGCUGCUUCAGACUAGGUAGGUAUAACGUGCUGGGCCUCAACUCUGAAUUGGGAGUUGGCAGAAGGUAAACGAGAGCAAGGUUGUAUUUCCUGAAUGACCCCAUAAUGAGUUUUUCCAAUCCAGGAAGCACCGUCCUUAGCGGCAAGGGAACCAUGGACCACAGUGAGGAUCUGGCGAGGCAGGAGAGGCCCAGUCUUCGUCUGGAAAAGCUACAGCACUGGGCAAGACACAGGCAAAGUGGACACCUACUGGUGGUGGCGGUGAGCCAGCUCUGGCUGGCCAUAGUCACGGUGCCCUUCACGAUCUCAGUGGCCUGCUUGAGCUCUGCCUGUCACAUGGCCACAGCACUGCCACUCUGGCCUGGAGCCUCGGGUCUCCUCACUGGGAUCAUCACCCUUGAGCUUCGCAGAGCGCCCUGUUUCUGGAAGGUGCAGGCCAUGAUGAUAUCCAACACCUUCAACCUGAUCUUGGGCUUCAUCGUGGAGGUGAUAGAAGUGACGAAGACAGCCUUGGGGCCUGCCCCUACUGCAUCCUCACCUUGCUACCUGCAGCUGACAGGGUUGCUGGUGCUAGAACUCAGCGCGGAGGCCUUCACCCUAGGAGGAGUGCUGGUCUCAACAUAUGCCCUGUUCUUGCUGAGCCAGAGGAAGCAAGGAUGCUUCACGAGGUCAAGUCUGCACUACCAGGAACUACAGGAGGGUCUCUCUGAGAUGGAGGAGGUUUCCGGUUUGGAGGAUGGUCCCAUGGUGGCUAGCACCCGAAACAGAACAGAUGAAUGAGUGGCCACUGCCCUCCUCCACCAAAGGGGGCAUUCUCCUGGCACUUUCGCGUCGUGCCCCUCCCUCGGACUAGAACUGAACUCCCCCAAGAUGUGCGUGAAGCCCACAGGAGUGCCCUCAGUUUUUCCUCAAACCAGGCCCAGCUCUCUUCUCUUCCCCACUCGAGGAAGAUCUUGUCACCUCGUUUCUAGUCAAGCUGCUUCCUCCCUUGCAUUCUUGGCCUCCUUCCUCCCUGCCUCUCCAUCCAUAUUCACAUCUGCCUCAUCUCAGUUUCCGUCUGUUCACCUUUCACAAUCCCAUCCACUCCGAGCCCGGCUGCUGCACCCGCCAACCCAGAAUCCGCGUCGGUUGUGCUCCGGGUCUCCCUUGGAUCCGGGUCCUGCCUAAGUCACUGGAGACUACA